UCUGGGUCUGCUCAGUCAGCUCCCUGGUGCAAACCUACACUGGGAACCGUCUGGGGCACAGCGAGGUGCUGCUCAACCAAUCAGAAGCAAAGUUUAAAGAACAUGCCACACUGAGCCAAUAACAGCAACAAAAUCAGGUUUUUUUUCCUAACAAACUGCUUAAACUCUGAGAGAGAGUGAUAAAACAUGAAUUUGAAAAAUCAAUGAUUUUAGAGAAAACUGUAUCCUGACUGAAGCUGCUAGACGGUUUCCAACAUGUAAACAUUGACUAAAAAGACAAGCUCACUUCAGAGUUUCACUAAGGAAUCAUUCUUCAAAGUUACCUUACCAUGGAUAAUUUAAAAUGGUUUUACAAUCUGUUUCAAUUAAUAAAAUAAAAUCCUUUAUUCUAAAGAGAGGUGUAAUGGCAAGCAUUCAGAUGAGAGUUCCUCUAAGUAUAUCACUUAAGAGCUCAUAAAACCAUUCAUGCUCAGGAGGCUUGAGGACGCAAUUGAUGUGGAAUAAGCGGUUAUCUAGAAGCACACCAAGGAUACGUUAAAUGUGUGUGAAAGGUCAAAUCCGGUGUUCUCAUGUGUAGGCCAUGAUUUUUAUAUAUUCCAACAAACAAAGGGAAUAGUGACAGCAGCUUUGUGAACCAAAAAAGUGAUUUCUAUUUUUUUUAUCUUAAUAUAAAACCAUGCACAGAAGAGAUUGGUGAUAAAUGAUGGCUUGGCUUUGGCCAACAUUUCACUCAGUUAUAAUUGCAGAUUUUCUUAUUACUCGAGGAUUUCUGUCGGUUUUGUUGCUGGAAAAAGAAAUUAGAAGAAAUUGAUGUGAAUCUCUGUGCCUUCUCUGUUAAAGCUCUGCUCUAGGUGUUGUGGAAAAGCUUCCUUUGAUUCCUCAGAAUGGGAAUUUUCCCUUAUUUGCCACCCAUCCAGGCAUCAGUGCGAUUCCUUUCCUUUGUUUGUCCUGCACUGUUUGACCUUGUCUAAUGGGCUAUCAGUGCACUCUUUACACCUUGUGCCAGCAUUGAUCCCAUAGUCAAAGUUUCCCAAGCAACGGGACAGUUGUUCUCUCAUUAAACAAAUCAUCUGAGCAAGAGUGGCAAAAGGGUGUGUUUCCAACUGGCUUCUGUCUUUCUCUACCUGUCCAACCCUCUCCUGGUUGCUCUGAUUAUUAGCUUAACUAGAAAUAAUUGGUGAUUUAAUGUGAUACAAUUAAAAGUUGGAUCAACAGCAGCAGGCAUAUUCCUGUGGUCGUUUUGUCACUGUUUACAGUGACCUAACGUCAUCCACAGCCCUCAUCAGUAUUUCUAGGACUAUACGAUCAGACUGCUUCUACUUUCUUUGGCUCAGAUUUGCAAAGCCACAACUAAUUUAACCCCAUGACGUCUGGUGGCAUGAAUCUUUAAAUGGUCCUUUGAUCCUGAAAAGUCCAGACAUUUGAUAUUUUAAUAUUCUCCCUGAAUAUAAAACUGUAAAAUGUGCAUAUCUGAUCCAGCAUGUAACAUCAUGGCACUUUUGAGGAUUAUGUGAACCGUGGUCCAUGGUGCUGAACUAAGCUUUUGAUAGUUUCUGAUUUUACUGUUUUUGUUUUGGUUUCAAUGGUCAGGUGGAUGAUGGACAGACAAGUCUGCAUCCUGGGGAAAAUAUGGCUAGCUUGCCAGCCGCUCUGUGGAGAGUAUCUGGGUGAUGUUUCAGCACCAAGCCACAUGAAACGCACAUGAUCAAAUAGAUUAUGCGCCAUAAACGCAUGGUUGACUCCAGCAUUUUGUCUCUUUUCACGCAAUCAGCAUCGGUUGGGGAUCCAUUUGGGAACAUAUUCUUUCAUUGAGCUAUAAAGGGAAUGAAUCCCUCCUACUGGGUCUUUCGGUCUGUUAGAUCCCUCCUUCUGUUUAGCAAAGCCUUGUCCAUAUGGAGCCAUAAUCAGCCUGAAUGCACCUGUGUACAAGUCCCCUUUAUGGCAUCUGCAUAGCUUGAAGGAGCACCGUCUGCGGUCCGGCAGGUAUUACAUGAAUCAUGGAAGCAGCCAGCGCCUCUGUGUUUGUUACCGUGCAGAAAAUCUACUACCCGUUGCUUUGCAUCGUGGGUAUCCCAGCAAACCUCUUCACAUUCUACAUGAUCUGUUUUCGUAAAUGUGGGAUGUCCAACACUGCCGUCGUUUACCUGAGCUGUCUGGCCAUUGUGGACACCUUCUACCUGGUGUGGGUUAUACUUCUGGACCUGACUCUGACCUUCUGGAUCCUGCAACCCUUCUGGCACUAUUACCCGUGGUGUGGUAUUCUUGGAUUCCUGCAGUACGGUUCUCUCUACAGCUCCUCCUGGAUUGUGGUGGUGUUCACCAUUGAGCGCUACCUGGUCCUCAGGAGCACAGCUUCCAAACAGACUCUUUCUCAAUCCUGGGUUACUAAAAUGAUCUGCACAGCUAUUGUGCUGCUGUCCCACCUGGUGUCUGUACCAAUGAGUUGGAUCAACAUUGUUACGCCUGUAAACUUAACCGUGGAUGGAGAGAACAUGACGCUACAUCAGUGUCGAUAUCGAAAUCAUGCCUAUUCUACCGUUAUCGUGUGGAUAGCUACCUUCCUCUCUGGGGGAAUCCCCAUUGUGUUGGUCAUCAUCUUUAACUACCUCAUUGGGUACCAUCUGUCCCGGGCCAGCAACCUCUUUACUAAGGAGGAACGCCGUUUCAUGUAUGGAAGGAACACCAGAGGUACACUGAAGAGAACCAUUCUCCUUCUGGGAACUGUUUCUGUGGCCUUUGUCAUACUUAGUCUGCCUCGCUUUGUCACAUACUGCAUCCUGAGGACCAGGUACAAUGAUGAAAACUUCAACAGGGAUGACUACAGCAUUCCCAUCAAUGUAGCCGGGGACCUGGCUAACAUGCUACAGAACCUCAACUCAACCACCAACUUUCUGCUCUACUGCAUGGUCAGCCGUCGCUUCCGCCAAGAGCUGGUUCAGGCUAUGACUUGCAAGGCGAAGGCCCUUGAGCUGAGUACUGUCCUCAACCACACCACUAUGAAAGUUUUCUCAGUUGUAAAUCAUAGGGCUUCACCAUCCAGCAACCCUGUGAAUGUAGUGUUAACCGGUGUUAAACAGACAGAAUAGAAAAGAACAUGAUUCAAUCGGAUGUUGGCCUUCUUAGACUCAAUCCCUCGGACUGAGCAACCACCAUGACACCAACAAGAGAUUUCAUCCAUUGCUCUUAGUCACUCUCUGAGAAAGUUGAACUCUUGAAUAAUUGGAAAUAAUUGUUCAAAAGAAAGUACACUAGACAAUUCUAGUGUUUUUUUAAGGCAUACAUGAUCUUGUCUUUGGGAGAUUUUGGAAAUCUUAAAAGAUAACCCAAUGUGUACGAAAUCUAACAACAAAUGCCACCUCUUCAUUUUUUAAAUAAAGGUGAUGUCAGAAGAGCAACAUCUGUCAAAUAUGUAAAACCUGCAAAUUCAAAGGGGUGUACUGUACUUUUUUCCCCGGCUUUGUAUAACCCAUCCUUGGUCUACAUAAGUACCCAAUUAUAUAUACAUUAGAUUAUUUUAUUUUUGAAGGCCUUGAUUAUUAAUCUAAAAAAAAAUUAAUUUCUUUAACCAGACCUCAGUGUGUGACAAAAGACAUUUAACUUAGCUGUAUUUUGAGUGUGGUUGAAGUUUGCAAUUGUUAGUAUAAUAAACAAAUUUCUAAUAUUAACAUCUUGUUGUGCGGCUACUAACAUUAGCCUGUGUGUUCUUAGUAGUUCAUUCAGCCUCUUCCAUGGGUCACUGAACAUAAUAAAAGGAACUGGAGACUGCCCAUCUCCUUGCUGGAUAAAACUUGUUAGUUUCAGUCCGCCAGUUAAUGUUUUCCAGAUUACAUACCUGUGAAAUCAUACGACUAUUCAUCCAAAGGCGUUUUUAUUCAGUUACACAUUAGCCAUGGGCCACCUCCCAGUAUCAAGGCUGUAGGUUUUAAAAUCUUAAACCUACAGUUUGGUCUUAUGUGUUUUAAAGUCCUUACAAUAAGGAAAUAGAGAAAGUGUUGCAGCGAAUAAAGAGAUAUCUAUCUGCAUUUAUUAUUGGAUAACGCAGUGCCGCUUCUCCCUCAACUGUUGCUGCACACUACAGGUCAGCUGAAUUAAGAACCCCACAAAAAAAAAAAA